AUGCCUCCUCCCUCUGUCGUCCCGCAGAAAGCUCCGGCUGAACCUGUCCCCCCACAAACUGUAGUCGCUGCCUCGCACGACGUUUCACCUCAACCAAGACAGUCAUUCAACUCCCAAUCUCUCCUUCCAUCAGUCCAUACUUCGGGCUCCGCUGAAGGUUCUCAAGUGGUCCGCAGCGCAUCGCGGAUGCCCCCUACCAUCGGCUCUUCCCAGUACUUCUCUCAGAGCUCUCUGCCAACCUCAGUACCAUCAUCGCACUCGUCCCACAUCUCACCUUCACAUAACCAUGUCCAGACUAUUCCACAGUCCCCUACUGCACUUCCCCCGCCUCUCCCUCCCGAAAUUGGCCAAGGAAAUGGGUUUUACGACUAUCAUCAUAUCACCCCGUCAUUACACGCGAUGAACCAGCAUCUAUCUUCCGUGCCAUAUCCUAUAGAUGCUUCCCAGAUUGACCCACGACUUAUGGACGUUCUAGGGCUUCCUCCUGUAGGCCCGCAGGGUAUUUCCCUGCAGGGCAAUACGCUGAAUGACAGACCUCCCAUGUCUGUCGACGACGCCUCCAUUACCCAGUCAUUGAGACCUAGACGACCUUCCGGGAAGCGCGCUGAGGGAGAAAUAGCCAAUGCAGAGCAGAACUCGGACGCUACGCGACAGGAUAGCGAAUCUGGCCCACCGUCGUCUAGAAAGCGGCGUUCGAGGAAGGCGAACACGGCGGGUGACGAGAAUACAGGCGAGCCUGCGACAAAGAAGCGCAGAUCCUCCGGGUCCGAGUCGAGAUCUAGCCGCGGGCGUACACGUCCCCCCUCCCCGCCUCCGUUCGACCCGGACGCCGACCCGGGAGAAGAGCUGGACCCGACCGUUGUGACGAUGGCUGCACUUUGCGACGACACCGGCCGAGGUCGUAUAAGCACCAGGGCAGCGCAGAUCGUCAGCAAUCAUGCCGCCUGGCGUGCAGCGAACCGGGAGAAGCGGGCUCGUAUGAAGGCUGUCAUGGAAGCAAAGAAAUACGGAAGGGAUCUCGAUGACGAUGAGGAGAGCGCGGCGCAAUCUACCACAAAGCCCCAGGGAGCGGUGUCCGAAGAGACGGCAGAACCAGGGUCCGCGUCGCGUUCCGCAACACCGGCGGCCAACCCAAGUGCCACCUCCGCACAGGACGAAAGCAAUGGGGAAGGGGACAGACGCGCGGAGGGCUUUGACUACGCCGAGAACCUUGCGGUCAGCAGAUACAACGUCCAGGUCCGUAUUGGACCUAACGGCGAGACCAUCAUUGACGAGGACUCGUUGUUCGUCAACCGGGACGAGGAACAUCGGACGGAAGACUACACGCACGUAGAAGAGUCGGACUUCACUAAGUUCGUAAACUCGGGGACGUACAGCAGGAAGGUUCGUGGCUCGCGAUGGAGCGCCGAAGAGACUGAGCUAUUCUUCGAUGCAUUGUCGCAAUUCGGCGAAAAUUACGAGCUCAUUUCGUAUGUUCUGCCGGGUCGUGACCGAAAAGCGUGCAAGAACAAGUUCAAAUCAGAGGACAAGAAGAAUCCAGCGCGAAUCACAUUCUGCCUCAACAAUCGCAAGCCAUAUGAUAUUGCAACGUUAACUCGGAUGACCGGGAAGGAUUUCUCGGGCCCUACUCCAGAAAUCCGAGCACCAACACCGAUUCGCUCGACGGAGUUGGAGGCAGACGCACCGCCCACCGCUCCUCCCUCACCUCGAGUCAAACGGAAGAAGAGCCGGACACCUAGUGUCCGCGAUGCUGACGUGGAGAUCCUGGGAGACAUAGACGACGUUGAGAAGGAGGAUAUAAGUGUACAUACGUGA